AUGAAUUCUGAUCAAGACCCAGUAAGUUUAUCGUCUUCAGGUGCGGCACCUGAUCAUCCUCUGCCAAUGGAGAAACUUUAUGACCAAGGCCCUCCACCAUUUCUCACCAAAACUUAUGACAUCGUUGAUGACCCAACAACCAAUGAUAUAGUUUCUUGGAGCAGAGACAACAAUAGCUUUGUUGUGUUGGAUCCCCAGAAAUUUUCCAUGAGCCUUCUCCCCAGAUACUUCAAGCACAACAAUUUCUCUAGCUUCGUCAGGCAGCUCAACACCUAUGGAUUUAGAAAGGUUGAUACAGAUAGAUGGGAGUUCGCUAAUCAAGGGUUUCUCAGAGGGCAAAAACAUCUUUUGAAGAAUAUCCGGAGGAGGAAGACAUCUUACCAUCCUCAGGCUUCACAGAAAGCUUUGGACUCUUGUGUUGAAGUUGGAAAGUUUGGAUUGGAUGGAGAGAUUGACCAACUGAGGCGUGAUAAACAGGUUUUAAUGGGGGAACUAGUGAAGCUUAGACAACAGCAGCAAACUACUAGAGUUUACCUCCACGGAAUGGAAAAUAGACUGAAGAGGACAGAGAUGAAACAGCAACAUCUGAGGAAUUUCUUGGCAAGAGCAAUGCAGAAUCCCGACUUUGUACAACAAUUGGCACAACAGAAGGACAAAAGGAAUGAACUCGAGGAAGCAAUUAGUAAGAAGAGAAGGCGGCCUAUUGAGCAAGGGCCUAGUAGUUUUGAGGUGGAUGAAUUAGGCCAAGUUGGAGUAGAAACUUUUGUUAAAGUUGAACCUCAAGAAUACGAUGACAUAUCUGAUCAUUUUGAAAAUCCGGAGUUGGACACAUUUGCUAUUGACAUGCAGGGAAUAACUGGAAGCCAAAAUGUUCAUGAUGAGGAAGAAUGUAUAGAGAAGGAAGAGGGAAAUGAAAGUGGAAGCAAAGACCCGGGUAAGAGUUUCUGGCACGAAUUGUUGAAUGAGAGUAUUGAUGAAGAAAUUGGUAUGCUAGGUGUUCAAGAAGACGAUGAGGAUGUCGAUGUGUUCGUCGAGGAGCUUGUUUACUUGGCCUCCAGUCCCAAGUAA